AUGACAUCUUUGCGAUUGCCAACUCGUGAGACGCGACCGUUCAAAAUCGCUGUCGUCCCCGCCGCGCGUCUCCGUGGUCCUUGCUCCCACGGUGCCACGCGUGACAGCGGCAAACAGAUCCAGAUUAAUGCCCACAAUAACGAUCACAUUGAAAACGUCGUGCCAAGGUUUAUCUUGCAGAGAGUGGGGUUACUUGAGAAGAGCCCCCUCAGCUACCUGGCACCUAUCGCCACCUACGCUCUAAGCGGAAAGCUCCAUGUGACCCUCUUGGAUGGACUCCGCAGCUGCUCGAGGAGCCAAACUCUCUCACCAAACUCUGCGCCCCAGAGCAUCCCCCUGCCAACGGGUACCCCUCCUGCUCCCGUUGAAAAGCCGGCGUCCACCACACCGCCGCGUCACUCUGCGGGCGGAGAUAAGUCUGUGCUCAUCCUCCCCGCCGCAGCCGCUGUCACUCCGGCCCCCUUAAGUAGUUGGGGUUCCCAAGCGCUCAGAGCCAGAGGCAGCGAUGCAAAGCAGCAGGCUCCGGCCAUCAGCGUGAGCGCAGAGAGCUGCAUCCCGGCUGGGCUGCGCCUGGGUCCUGUGCCGGGCAUCUUCAAACUGGGCAAGUACCUGUCAGACCGCAGGAGCCAGGACCCAAAAAAAAGGUAUUUUCCUACGGUCUCUCCUGCACCGCUGGACCUUGCUUUUUUCGUUGAUUCGGGGGGAAGCCGCCUUGGGAGAAGAGGCUGCUCUUUCGCUCUCUCUCUUCGAUCCUCCCUUCUUAGAGCGAGCCAGGAAAUGAAAGCGUUUCCAGAACGUCCCGAGAUGUCUCCUCGCGUCUUUGCCAGGAAAAGCUUGACCGCCCGUGCCCGUUCCCCCUCCUUCCCCAGCGCCGGUGCCCCGCUAGCCCGGCCGGCCCCCGACGGCGAGGCCAGGGGACCCGGGGGUUCUCUCGGAGAAUCGGACGCGCUCCCGCCUUGGACACGGACGUGCAGGUGCCCGGUACCCUGUGCCCGGUGCCAGAGGGCUCUGGUCUCGCCGCCCGACCCGCCCCCCGCGGAGCUUCGCUCACUCGAGCAUUGUCCCUUCCCCGGCAGGGCCAGGACGUGCACGUCUGGGGAGGAGCGGUACAUCUGCUGGUACUGCUGGAGGACCUUCAAGUACCCCAACAGCCUCAAGGCCCACGUCCACUUCCACUGCUCACUGAGCAGCCGGCCCUUCCUCCACCACGACCACGGCCGGCCCGCCGCCGCCGCCUUCGGCCUCCCGCCAAGGAGCCGCCGGCCGCCGCUGCGCGGCCAUCCGACACCCGGCUGCGGCCCGCGGGCCAUCAAGCGGGAGGUUGCCACCGCCUCCCCGCCGCUCUCCAAACCGGGGCUGCCUAAGCGGGCAGCGGGCAAGGAGGAGCAGGAGCGCGCCCUGGACAUGAGCGUGGGGGCCGCCCGUGGGCCGGGGCCGCUGCUGGGGCCGGCGGGCGCAACGGGCUGGCGCUCUGCCCCGGGGCGCUCGGCCUUCCGCCCCGCCGGGCCGCUGCGGGAGGAGGUGCGGGGCGCCUCUGCUCUCGGCUUCUCUAAGCUGCUGGGGGGGCUGAAGGCGGGACGCGCCGCUGCCGAGGCGCCGCCCAAGUGCGCGGCGCUGCCGGGGGGGCCGCCCCCCCGGCGGCGGCAGCGGCGGCGGCGGGCGGGGCUGGCGUGCGGCGGUGGGCUUCGCGCCUUCCCGCUGCUCUCGCCCCUGGAGGAGGCCUCGGCUUUCCGGCAGGUGGAGCGGGGGCUGCCCGCCGCUGCGCUGCCGCCCGCCCGCUACCCGCCGCUGCCCGGAGGCGCGCUGGAACGUUUUGCGCUGCCGCCCUUCGAGGGGCUGAAGGCGUACGCGGGGGAGUGCGGGCUGCCGGUGAUGCCGCUCACCGUCUACAACGGGGAGCUGCUCUACAGCGCCGCGCCCUACUACCCGCUGAAGCUGCAUCUCGGCGGCCUCCUCAAGUACCCCGAGUCGGUGUCAUACUUCGGGGGGCCAGCGGCAGGGCUGCACGCCGCCGAGCUGGGCUCGCUGGCUAGCAUCGACCGAGAGAUCGCCAUGCACACGCAGCAGCUCUCUGAGCUGGCGGCCGAGAAAGGCCGCGGGCGGCUAGAGGCGCUGCCAGCGGGGGCGACCGGGGCGGCCGGCGGGAAGCCCAAGACGGGGCACCUGUGCCUCUACUGCGGGAAGCUGUACUCCCGCAAGUACGGUCUGAAAAUCCAUAUGCGGACUCACACUGGCUACAAGCCGCAAUGCAAGGUCUGCCUGCGGCCCUUCGGGGACCCCAGCAACCUCAACAAGCACAUCCGCCUACACGCCGAGGGCAACACGCCCUACCGCUGCGAGUACUGCGGAAAGGUGCUGGUGCGGCGCCGCGACCUGGAGCGGCACGUCAAGUCCCGGCACCCGGGGCAGAGCCUCGGCAAGGCGGUCGAGGACAAGAGUGACUCUGGCUACGCGCACCCUGAGCAGGAGCAAAAGACUGACAACGAAAGCGACGUGGAUGUCUGCUUCACCGACGACCAGAGCGACCCGGAGAGCGGCAGCAGGAACCGCGAGCAGUGAUGCAGGAGCCGGCCGGGGCGGGGCAGCAGGCGCGGUGCAGCCCCUCUCCCUCCCCGUAUUACUCUGAGCUCCUGGCCUCCCGGGGCGGUCCCACGAGAGGCCGUGUCACGGGAGUGCGCGGGCUGGCAGGCCCCCGCUGGCGGCGGGGCGGUCAGGACUGCGAGUUCGUCGCGGGCGUCUCCGGACUCCAGCCUUCAGCGUCGUCCCCGGGGC